UUGUUAAGUCGCUACCGGAGACUAGCAGAGCACAACAAGUCUUCUCCUCCGCGGGUCGGUGUCGGGCAUGAACGGUUCCCGAAACGAACCGGCACAGACACUCGGCAGCAAGGGCCCGGCGGACCCGGACAGCGGCUCGGAGGCGACGCACAGGCAGCGGAGGACCGGCGGAGGAAUGCUGAAGAAGCUGAAGUCGAGGCGCAGUCAAACGGACAAGUGGCCCGUGGUCACCGAGGAUGAGCUCCGGGCUCUGGGAACCGAUAUCUCCCCGGACCAGGUCCUGGGUCUGCGGGCUGUCACGGAGGACUAUCUUUGCAAACCUGAAGAUAAUAUCUACAACGUUGACUUUACUCGGUUCAAAAUCAGAGAUCUGGAGACGGGGACAGUCCUCUUUGAGAUUGCCAAGCCUCCUAACAGUGGUCCAAUGGAGAGUGAAGAGGAGAGUGCAGAUAUUGACACCAGUGCAGGGCGUUUUGUCAGAUACCAGUUUACACCAGCCUUCCUAAAACUGCGCACUGUUGGAGCAACUGUUGAGUUCACAGUGGGUGACCGGCCAAUAAACAGCUUUCGUAUGAUUGAGAGGCAUUACUUCCAGGGGCGCCUCCUCAAGAACUUUGACUUUGACUUUGGCUUUUGCAUUCCAAACAGCCGCAACACAUGCGAACACAUUUAUGAGUUUCCACAGCUUCCAGACGACCUCAUUCGCCUAAUGGUGGAGCACCCUUAUGAGACCAGAUCAGACAGUUUCUACUUUGUGGACAAUAAACUCAUCAUGCACAACAAGGCAGAUUAUGCCUACAACGGUGGUCUGUAAUACCACAAGGGUAAAAAUGUAUGCAAUACCUCCCAGGAGAUUGAGUUCUUGGAUUACAACCAUCCAAAAGCUUCUUUUCGGUGGACAGAAGUAUUCUCUCCUUUAUCUACAUUCCCACUCACGUGAUGACAACUUUAAAUUCAACCGACCACAUCUGCCUUGUUAUGAAAUCAUGGAUCCGUUCAUCUGUACCUCACAGGGCUCAGUUUCUUGGACUCUGAGGAAUGUUCUGUUAAAUAUUUCUCUGUUAAAUCUGA